AAAAAAACAAACAACAAAAAUAAAAGACAUUUUACUUUUUGCGCAGUAAAAGUCGGCACAAAAUAAACAAGAAAGUAAAAAAAUAAAAUCAUUUCUAUUCAAGAAUCAAGAAAUAAAUCAAAUUGUUCUCGCAAAAUGAGUGCUACAACAACAGAAGAAGAUUUUCCAACUCAGCUAAAAAAAGCCACAAGAGAUGUCCAUAAAAUAAGUGAUGUUCUUGUGAAUGCAAAGUUUGCUUUGGCUCUUUCAAAUGACAAAGUUUGGGCCGAUGGACUUUUAUCCUUCUACGAAAUUUAUAAAUUCUUCGAGGAAGAACUUCCCGAAGAAUUACUUCCAAAAGAAUAUCAUCGCAUUGCCGGCUUCGAAAAAGAUUUUGAAUAUUUUCUUGGCAAAGAUUGGCGACAAACUUACGAAAUCAAAGAACCCGUCAAGAAAUAUCUCGAACACUUGCGUGAAGUCAACAAAAAAGAUAAAAUUCUCCUCUUUGCCUAUGCUUUUCAAAUGUACAUGGCAUUAAUGUCCGGUGGGCAAUUGUUGCAACGCAAACGAAUGAUUGCUAGAAAGUUGACAAUGUCUAAAAAAGAAGACGAUGAAGAAGAAACUGUUAAGCCCGGUUGUGAAGCAACAUGGUUUGGGUAUAAGAAAAUACCAGAGCUUAAGGCAAAAUUGAAGUCUAUAUUAAAUGAGAAAUACAAGGAAUUUGAUGAGGACAUGAAAAAGGCAUACAUUGAAGAGAGUAGAAAUGUUUUCAUAUUCAACAAUGAAGUUAUACGAUCAGUGAAAGGAGUUAAUCAGGCAAAUGCAAUACAAAUGCUUGUGUUUGUUGGAAUGGUUACAAUUGCAUUCAUUUUGAAAUGGUAUUUGCUUCCAAAAUAGGAAUUUUUUAAAAAUAUUUUUUAAAUAAUUUUCAAAUCAUAUAUUUUUGUAUUAGAAAUAGUAGUUAAUGUUAAAUUUAUCCUAAAUGUUCCAAGCCUAUUGACCUUUUAAAAUAAAUAUACGUGACGUGAUAAUCAAUAUCACAGUAGGUACUUUGACCUACAGCUAUGGACUAAAGAAA